AUGGGAGAUUCUAAGCCUAAGAGAUCACUCUCUAAGUUGGGUAAACUUUUCAGUGCGGGAAUUAAAGAAGAGGACAAAGAUGACGAAGUAGACAAGAAGGAACGAGAGGAACGCUUGAAGGCAAUAAGGAAGGGUAUCGUGGGUCUCCAUACUAAGGAUAUUGCACACUCGGGGACACAAGUUGGAAGCAAUAGCGGAAGCUCUACUCCUACUACCCCAUCAGGAGACAACACAUAUUUAACCUCACCUACACUUUCAUCAUCUUCCUCACCUUUAGGCGGGAGAUUAUCGCCUCGUUUGUCUAAUCAUGAGAGACAUGUAAACAGCGCUCUGGGAACGACCAAUGGUGGUAGUGCUACAGGUAGCACCGCCGUAUCAGCCUCACAAGCACAUCCAUACCAUCCACCAAUACGAUCCCAACCUGUGUCUAGAAACUCGUCGGUCGUGAGAAAAGCUCUCAAUAGUAGCGGUAGCAGCGGCUCUAAUACUGCUCUUAACAGCAGCGUCAGUAAUGGGGCCAACAACAGCAGCUCAAACAAUGCUACGGUCUCUCGCUCUUCAUCAAUCUCUAAGCCAACCAUUGGAGGGCACUCAAACUUAAGCAGCACCAAUUUGGGAGCUCUGGCUCCAAAUCCAAACUCACAUAUCAAUAAACCCAGAUUUAGAAUGCUUGAGAGCGGGUUGCACGAACAUAAUCUCAGAUCAGCUAAGAGACAGGAAAAGCUUUCCAACAUGUUGAAGGACUUACUUGGGGCUAAAAAGUUGAGAGACGAAGCCAAAAGUGAGUUGCCAAAUAUACUCAACAACGGUACUAGUACAGUCGCAGAAACCACGAAACCUCCUACUUUGUUCGCGGGUUUGGUGAGUCAAGUCAAAAAUAAUACAUCUCCAUACCACGGAACUGUUUCAGGAAAUGAAGAAGAUUGCAGAUCUUUUGUCGAAAAGUACGGAAGAUGUCAAGAAGUAAUUGGUAAAGGGUCAUUCGGUGUGGUUAGAGUAUCACAUAAGAAGGCCAACCCAAAUUCUAACGAAGAAGUCCUUUUCGCAGUCAAAGAAUUUAAACGUAAACCUUCUGAACUGGACCAGAAAUAUAACAGAAGAUUAACAAGUGAAUUUUGUAUCUCGUCUUCUUUAAAGCAUAUGAAUAUUAUUGAUACUUUAGAUUUAUUGAAGGAUGCGAAGGGAGAUUAUUGUGAGGUUAUGGAGUUUUGUUCUGGUGGUGACUUGUAUACAUUGAUUAUUGCUCUGGGAAAGUUAGAAUACGCAGAAGCUGAUUGCUUUUUCAAACAAUUGAUUAGAGGUGUUAACUACAUGCAUGAUAUGGGAGUAAGUCACAGGGAUUUGAAACCUGAAAACUUGCUAUUGACUCAGAGAGGUGUUUUGAAAAUUACCGAUUUCGGGAACGGAGAAUGCUUCAAAAUGGCGUGGGAAAAAGAAAUCCAAUUAAGUGAAGGUGUAUGUGGAUCAUCUCCAUAUAUUGCUCCUGAAGAAUUCACACAAAAGGUGUUUGACCCUAGAGGAGUUGAUAUUUGGGCAUGUGGUGUAAUAUAUAUGGCCAUGCGUACUGGUAGACAACUUUGGAAGCUUGCGGACCCCAAGAAAGAUGAAUUCUUUCAUGAGUAUUUAUUGAAGAGGAAGGAUGCUACAGGAUACGAACCAAUAGAGUCGUUAAAGAGAGCCAGGUGCCGUAAUGUAAUUUACAGUAUAUUGGAUCCUAAGCCAGAGAGAAGGAUAAACGGGAAGCAAAUUUUAAGCAGUGAAUGGGGUAGAGAGAUUAAAGUUUGUGCUGCUGGAGAUGGCGAUGAGUCAGAGUAG